UAUUUUCCUUGUAAUGCGAGCUUUGUUUUUUGUUUUUUUUUUUUUUAAGAAGUGAACUUUUUACCUUGUUCAUUCAUGCUUCAUUUGAUCAAUUACUAACUAUAUAGCCCCUGAAAAGCGAGCGCGGGCUUUUUGAAGUGGAUAUUUUGUUCUGGGGUUCCCCCCUUCAUUUCAAAAUGGGCGGGGAGGUGGAGUUAAGACACCUUUCUGACUGUGAACCGAUCAAGCAGCGCCCGAGUGUGUGAGUCGGCCCCCUGAAUACCACGAGGACCCGAGGACGUGGACUGCGGGGAGACGGCGAGCGGAGCCCGGCUCUUGCAGCCGGGAAUCCUUUUUCAAACCUUCGGGAGCCAGCGCUGCCAUUGAAAUGCAAAUCCCGUCCUGGGCGGCCGGGCCAAUCGGCGAGGCUUCCUGUGCGAUUACCUGGUGGCGAGCGCGCAGCGAGCGCGGCCCCUCCGGCUCGGCCCCGGCGGCCCGAGAUGCAUGUGCAGACCCAGGCCCUGCAGACACUGGCACCUCUGACUCCUUCGGCCCAGAGCACCUCACCUCUGACCCCCAGCACAGGAAAGUGGCAUGGUCAGGAGGGGUUAAACCUCGACUGAAGCACAGACGCACUGAACCUGCAGGCCGGCCCCACUCUUGGCACUUGACCAAACUUGGGGAGAACCAACCCGAUGCCAGCAUGAUGCAGAUAUCUCAGGGCGCGAUUGGCACGCCUUGGCCCCAGAGCUACCAUUCCAGCUCCUCCACCAGUGACCUCUCUGGCUAUGAGCACGCGUAUCUGAGGCAGAGCCCCGACCGGUGCAGCUCCCAGGGGAGUAUGGAGAGUCUGGAGCCCGGCAGGGGAUGCCCACCCUGCCAUCUUCUCUCCCCAGCCAAGUCCACCAGCAGCACUGACCAGCUCAGCCACCUCCACAGCAAGAGAGACUCGGCUUACAGCUCCUUCUCCACCAGUUCCAGCAUCCUCGAGUAUCCACCCCCUGGCGUCUCUGGCCGGGAGCAUUCGGGCUCCAUGGACACCACUUCUGCUCGAGGUGGCCUCCUAGAAGGGAUGAGGCAGGCAGAUAUUCGCUAUGUUAAGACGGUCUAUGACCCCCGGAGGGGGGUCUCCGCAGAGUAUGAGGUGAACUCUUCAGGCCUGCUUCUCCAAGGUAGGGAGACUCGAGCCUCGGCUGAUGGUCAGGGCUAUGAUAAAUUCCAUAAUGUUCCUCGAGGCAAAGGCGCGCCCCCCUCUUCCUGGAGCCAGCAGUGCUCCGGUUCCUUAGAGACCGCUGUGGACAACUUGCCUCCUAAAGUGGGUGCGCCCCUGCCCCCAGCUCGAAGUGACAGUUAUGCAGCCUUCCGGCAGCGAGAGCGGCCCAGCUCCUGGUCUAGCCUAGAUCAGAAACGGUUCUGCCGGCCUCCAGCAAACUCGGCAGGCACCCUGAAAUCUCCCUUCAUAGAGGAACAGCUGCAUACUGUGCUAGAGAAGAGCCCAGAAAGCAGCCCUCCAGUGAAGCCCAAGCACAAUUACACCCAGAAGGCCCAGCCCGGCCAACCUCUGCUGCCAACUGGCAUCUACCCGGUACCUUCCCUGGAGCCACACUUCGCCCAGGUGCCCCGGCCUUCUGUGAGUGGAAAUGGUACCCUCUACCCUGCCCUGGCCAAGGAGGGUGGGUACACACCUCCUCAGGGAGCGUGCGACAGAAUGGCUGCCCUUGACGAGAAUGGGAACCAGAACGGAUCUAGCAGGCCUGGCUUCGCCUUCUGCCAGCCCCUAGAACGGGACUCAGUGUCCCUAGUAGAGAGGAAACCUGAAACUUCAGCCAAAUGUGUCGCCUAUAAAGUCCAUUUUCCCUCAGUGCCUGAGAACGAGGAGGAGACCUCCCAGAAGAGACUUCUCACACCUCUAGAAGGCCACAGCCCACAUCCCAGUGAGAGAAAGAGCACCCAGGGCAACAAAUAUUCUAAUUACCACAGCCUCCAAUCCCCUCAGGUUCAGGCGUGGCAAGUGGGUGAAGACAAGAGAUCCUUCCUGCCCUCAGAGCCUUGGGAGGGGGAUUCCCACGAAGACCACAAUGCCAACCUCUGGGGGAGGUUCCACAGAGGCAGUCUGGGCCAGAGUGUGCCAGGCAGCUUCAGCAAGACUGCAGCUGCCUUCUCCUCCCUCCAGAACAUUCCUGAGAGUCUAAGAAGGCAAAGCAGCCUGGAUCUCGGAGGAGCAGCCCAGGAAGUCUAUCUGGAAGGCUCAUCUGCCUGCGCAGUCGAUACCAAGGGAGAAGAGUCUGGAAGGACUGCUCUUGCUGAUCACAAGAGCCAGCUGGACAGGUCGGUGUCCUAUCCAAGGCCCGAGGGGAGAACCUUGGCCUCUUUCCACAGUUCAGACCCAACAUAUGAAGAGCCGCCCUCCCCAUCCCCACAGGAGACCUCCAGUCUGGGCCGGAGGAGGCUGAGUUCCAGCAGCGCCUCGGCUCUGCAGGGCUUUCAGUACGGGAAGCCCCACUGCUCCGUGCUGGAGAAGGUUUCCAAGAUCGAGCAGCGAGAGCAGGCUGGCCAGAGGCCCCCGAGUGCCGGCGGCUCUACCUACGGCUAUAACUACAGGCCCCACAGGACACUCCCAGCCUCCAGUACUUUGGGGAAUGACUCGGAGGAGACUAAAGGCCGUAUACAUUUUUCCGAACCCACUGAAGCCCUAGGCAAUGGAGAGCAGCACUUCAAAAACGGGGAGCCAAAGUCAGAAGAGGUUUCCUGGCAGCCGUGUGGUCAACCGCCGAGGCGGGCUGCGGAGGGUGGCCGGGGUGCCCCACUCCGGGGCGGGGAGCCCCCGAGGCGGGACGCCCGUCUGCUCCGCAGCCAGAGCACCUUCCAGCUCUUCAGCGAGGCCGAGAAGGAGGCCAUGUGGUCGGACGACAGGCCCCGCACGCCCGAGUCGCCCGUGCAGGACGCCCCCUUCAGCCGCGCCUACCGAAACAGCAUCAAGGACGCGCAGUCCCGCGUCCUGGGGGCCACGUCCUUCCGACGCCGGGACCUCGAGCCCGGGACGCCCGUGGUCUCCAGACCCUGGCGCCUGCGACCCGCCUCGGCCCACGUGGGGCUGCGCAGCCCGGAGGCGCCGGUUUCCGCCUCCCCGCACACCCCGCGCGAGCGGCACAGCGUGACCCCGGCCGAGGGGGACCCGGCCCGGCUCGCGCCCCCCGCCGCCCGGAGGGGCCCGCGCCGGCAUCUGACCCCCGAGCAGAAGAAGCGCUCAUACUCGGAGCCUGAGAAGAUGCACGAGGUGGGGGUCUCGGAGGAACCCGAACCCGAGCCCCCUGGGCCUCCGAGGAAGGGGCCGCAUUUUGUGGAGGGCUCGGUGACCGACCGGCGCCGCAUCUUCGAGCGAGACGGCAGAGCCUGCUCGACCCUCAGCCUGUCGGGGCCCGAGCUGAAGCAGUUCCAGCAGAGCGCGCUGGCCGACUACAUUCAGCGCAAGACCGGCAAGCGGCCCGCGGGCGCCGGCUGCGGCCUGCAGGAGCCCGGGCGGCUGCUGGAGCGCGCCCAGAGCACCUACCUCCUGCCCGAGGGCCCGGGCCUCGCCGCGGCUUCCAGUUUCUGCUCGCUCCGGGAGCCUAGCCUGCCGCCCCGCAGGGAGACCGCCCUUCUGCCAGCCACUGCGGUGGGGAGUGCUGGGGAGACCCAGCGGGCCUCCCGAGAUCGCAGCAGCUCCUUUGCCGGCGGCCGCCACCUUGGGGAAAGGCACCGCGGGGACCCAGCGCCGAGAGAACUGCUCGGUGGAGCUAACAGUGGAUCAAAGGGCCCCCAGAGACUGCAUGGGACCCCAGGGGAGCCCUCCCCGUGGGGGGCCACGGCUGGGAGGGCCGCAAAGUCCAUGUCGGCCGAGGACCUGCUGGAGCGCUCGGAUGUCCAGACUGUCCCUGUCCACAUGAGGUCACGGUCAUCUCCCACAGCAGACAAGCGCCAGGAUGUGCUUUUGGGGGAAAACAGUGACUUUGGUCUCAUGAAGGAUCCGUGUUAUUUGGCUGGCCCAGGUUCCAGGCCAUUCAGCUGUUCCAGCCGUGAAGAGAUGCCAGCGCUCAGACACCAUCCCAGCCCUCACUGGGGGGAUUCGGGCUGCAAAGCAGGUAGUGGUGGCACCUCUGUGCCCAACGGGGGUCCGGGGCCGCUGGACCCUCCGAGACAGGCCAGCAGAACGCCUUGCCCUCCGCCACUGUCCUCGGGAGCUCACAGGCAUCUUCCAGACGCCAGGGCUGCACCUCUGAGCUCAGUCCUGCCUGCCCCUGGCCCUUUGAGCUAUUGCUCACAGGCCGCAGCCCAGCCCUCCACACCAGCCGGGACCCCCAGAAGCGGCGGUGGCCACAGCCCAGCCCAGCCUCCCAGCCCUGAGCGUGGGAUGGAAGAGCGCGCAGGGAUGCGGGCCUCCCCACCCUGGAUGAAGCGGGCCUAUGCGGUCAGAGAGGAGAGCCUCCCCGAGGACUCCCCGAAGCACUAUCCCAAGCCACGGGAUGCCCCCAGCUCGAGCAGCACUUCCGACCCGGAUACGCCUCUCGGGGCCCCAGGCAUGCCGGGCAGGCUUUCCCUCCGGAUCUCCGAGUCGGCCUUGCUGGCUUCCCCGCCACCUCGUGAGGACUGCGAGGACGACGAGGUGUUUGUGAGGGACCCACGCCCCACCACCACUUCCAGCCCCCGCUGCGAUGACCUGCUGCUGCCCCCACCGCCGCCGCCCCCGCCGCCAACAACCAGCCAGGCAUCCCCGGCCCAGGGCCUGGACCACUUCCCUCCGCCUCCCCCCGAAGCUGUGUGCCCGGCCCAGUGGGAGGAGGGCUACCUGGAGCCCUGCGCCAGCUCCAGCAAACUUGCCAAGGUGACAGUUGCCAAGGAAAGGUCCAUGCCUGGUGCAGCCCUUCUGGUUGAUAAUCAGCUGCUGGGUUCCAGAUCGCAAACUUCAGGCAAGAGUUUCGAGGCCAAGGAGACCAACCAGCCCUCCACCACGGGUGCUCUGCCCCAGCCUGCUGGGUCCCUAAGCAAGCAGCCAAGCCCAGGCCAGCCACUUCCCACACAGACCCACAGCUUCAUGCACGAGCCAGCCAGUGGGACUGCAGGUUUAGAAAAGCAUGUCAGUUCUGGUCCUCAGAAGACCUCAGAAGACAUAAGAACAGAGACGCUGGCCAAGGAAAUUAUCCACCAAGACAAAUCUCUGGCAGACAUUUUGGACCCAGACUCCAGAAUGAAGACAACUAUGGACCUGAUGGAAGGUUUGUUUCCUCGAGAUGUUAAUUUGCUGAAGGAAAACAGCAUGAAGAGGAAGGCCGUGCAGAAAACCAUCAGCUUCCCAGGAUGUGAGACCAAGAGGAGUGACGACAAGGAAGCGGUGGGCAUGUUGGUCAACUGUCCUGCCUACUACAGCGUGUCUGCUCCCAAGGCCGAGCUUCUAAACAAAAUCAAAGCUAUGCCAGAAGAGGUGAAUGAGGAAGAGGAGCAGGCAGACAUCAACGAAAAGAAGGCGGAGCUGAUCGGAAGCCUCACCCACAAGCUCGAGACCCUCCAGGAAGCCAAGGGGAGCCUGCUGAUGGACAUCAAGCUCAAUAAUGCCCUGGGGGAGGAGGUGGAGGCCUGGAUCAGUGAGCUCUGCAAGCCCAACGAGAUUGACAAGUACAAGAUGUUCAUUGGGGACUUGGACAAGGUGGUGAACCUGCUCCUGUCCCUCUCAGGGCGCCUGGCCCGCGUGGAGAACGUGCUCAGCGGCCUCGGUGAAGAUGCCAGCAAUGAGGAAAGGAGCUCACUCAAUGAGAAGAGGAAGGUCCUGUCUGCUCAGCACGAGGACGCCCGGGAGCUCAAGGAGAACGUGGAUCGGAGGGAGCGUGUGGUGCUGGACAUCCUGGCCAAUUACCUCUCCGAGGAGCAGCUCCAGGAUUACCGGCAUUUCGUGAAAAUGAAGUCGACACUCCUCAUCGAGCAGAGGGAGCUGGACGACAAGAUCAAGCUGGGCCAGGAGCAGGUCAGGUGCCUGCUGGAGAGCCUUCCCUCGGACUUCGUGCCCAAGGCGGGGGCCCUGGCUCUGCCCCCGGGCCUUACCAGCGAUGUGACUGCCGUGGUCUGCACUGGCCGCGGUGGUUUCCCAGCGGUGACCUCCCCACUUUAACCUCCUCUCCAGUACCCACCCCAAAGACUACCCCUUCUGUCAACACUAUUUAAUCUGAAAAAUGUUUCAGUACAAGCCGCCCGUUAAGCUCUGUGGGUUAUUGGGUUUUUUUUUUUUUUUUUUUUUCUGGAUAAAAGCAAAAAUUCCAUCCAGGAAAAAGCCUGUACUUCGCCUUCUCGCCCUUCAUGAUUGAUCUCCCGAGGGCUUGAAUGCCACUGGGAGGUGACCCCCUUUCUAUCGUUACUUCGUAGUAGAAAGAAAAUUAAUGGAACUGUGAGCAGAGAUCGGAGGGUGUCUGACUGAUGGUCUAGUUUUUCACAGGCCGAGGCAACACGGAUCCAUGGGAGUCACCCUCAGGACCGCAUCCACAGUGGCCUUCCCGGCCUGUGGCCAGUGCUUCGUGAUGACAAGUACACAUACUUAUCAGUGAAGGGCCUGCGACGUACCGCCUUAAAGAGAAACACACGGGAGAAAAUUGUCCAACCUUGAACACUGUUAUUUAUAUUUUUAAAAAUGAAAAAGAUCAUUGUGUGCUAACCACUUACUUGAUUCUGUUCUGUGGUGGAUAUAGACAGUUAUGUUUGAGCUUUGUAUUUUGUGAAAACCUUAAUGAAAUGAAGAAUUCCAAAGACAGUCACCUUGAGUGUGGAGACUUUUUUUCUUAAACUCCUGACAUGUGAGUUGAGCUUCAGCGCUUGUUUUAAAUUGAGUAUGGGGAAGUCCCAGCCGCCACGGCUGCCAGCUCACCACUUUACCCCUGCAACAAGCAGAACACCACACUCCUUCCCAGGAAGGCUUUAUGCACCAUGGUCAUCACAUCCUUUCCUAGUGCUUCUUGUCAUUAUCACUGGGGCAGAGAGAAAGCUAAAUCCCACUGAUGAGGACAACUCUCCAACCCAAGUCAAUUCAAAACUGAGUUCAUGCUGUCCUGCUAUGAAAUUUGAGCUAAGUCCAGCUUAUUUAGUGAGAGAUACUAGCAGGCUGUCUUAAUCAUGUUUUUCACAAAAGUUUCUUCUGAAAUGUCAAACUCAUCAACCACACUUAUGAAAACUCCCCUCCUCAAACUCUGAAGACUGAUUUUGCACUGUUCUGCUUCAAUAGCAACAUCUGAGAGGACACUCGUGAGCCCAAGCUGUAAGUCUCUUAAGAUAGACUGGAUGGUGGACAGGAGUGAUGGGCCAGUGACCAGGUUGUGUCGUCAGCUGCUGGAGAUGCAACAGCCAUCCCCAGCUGUGCUUUCAUGUUGAAUCCUCAGCUGGGGCCCACCUGUGCUGAUCUGGGCUACAAGUAUGAUAGUAGCCAGUCCUAGAGAACUGGGAGGAUAAAAUUCAUAGAAUAUCUUGGUACAGUUUAAUUAUUGAAAGUUUUCUGGUUAAGCACUUCAAAAAUGUUUAGUUUUGGUUCCUGAUACAGAUGUAUUUUGAUGAACUUAAGAUCAACGGGCCACCCACAGAUUUCUUGUGAACCAUAACAAAAUCACUGCUACAUUCUUUGGGGGUUUUACACUGUCAGACUGCAUUACAAGACUGUUCCUUGGUUUCCCAGGAAUGUUUUCAAAAGCUUCUCUUGCAUCUCAAGGCUCCAGAAUCCCAGGAAAUUAGUAGAACUGGGGACAGCAUGCAACAGCCACCCUGUGUGGUCAUUUUGAAGUAAAAAACAGUGCCUCUUACGGACCUUUCACCAGAAUUAGGCCAACACAGGAGCCUGAGAGCAACUCCAGCUGGUAGUUAACCAAGCGGUGUGCCUCACUGACCCUUGGUGGUGUCUUGAGGUCAAAACAGGUUAAAGGUAACCAGCAAAUGUCUCUGGCAGCUACUAGUGAAAUUCCCGAGGGGAUGCAGGGCGGGGGGGGUCCCAACUCCCAUCACUUUUUUAAAUUCCCGAUUUCAUUAUUUAUUAUUUUUGGUUGUGCUAGGUCCUCACCGCUGGCGUAGGCUUUUCUCUAGUUACAGCAAUCCAGGGCCACUCCCCAGUUGCAGCAUGCAGCCUUCUCGCAGCGGCGGCUUCUCUUGUUGUGGAGCACGGGUUCUAGGGCGUGAGGGCUUCAGUAGUUGUAGCUCUAGGGCUCUAGAGCACAGGCUCAGUAGUUGGGGUACACAGGCCCGGCUGCACUGUGGCAUGCACGAUCCUCCUGGACCAGUGAUCAAACCUAUGUCUCCCCCACGGGCAGGUGGCUUCCCUAUCACUGAGCCACCAGGGAAGUCCCCAACACUCUUCUAAAUUCUCCUUAAGCAUUUGGGAACAUCAUACACAUUCAGUCUUUUUCAUCACUUCUCUAACUGAUACAUGUCAAAGGAAGUGACCCCCCCCAGAGAAGAGCAGCAGGUGAUGCUUCAAGGCGCCCCAAGCACCCGAAAGUGAUGACACUCUGUGGUAUUCCUUCUUUUGCUCCACUGAAAUGUUCUGUAAUGUGACCGGAGUGAGGAACCGAGUGUGACUAUGAAAUUAACUUGCAAGUGGAUGUGGUAUUUAUAAUAGGACUUGACCUCUGUGCUCUGAUGAGAAGGAAUCUCUAACACAGGUUUCAUUAUUAACUUUAACUAGAAAAUCCGCCUAUUCUUUAUCCCUUUCCUACUUCACAUUCUUUCCCCACUAUUUAAAAAAACAAUCAUCUACAGUAGAAG